CCUCGCCUCACGCGCUCACACCGCCUCUGCGUUCUAAGGCUCAUCGCCCCUCCAGCCAAGUUACACUAGAACAUGUCUAUGCCGACACUGCCAGUCAUCGACCUAGACGUGUAUCUCAGCGAGCCGCCGCGUUCGCAGGCGGUGGCAGAGGAAUGCAGGAAGGCUGCAGACGCGUUGAUCACGCACGGAGCACUUUUGCUUCACGACUCACGCGUGUCGGAGGAUGACAAUAGCACAUUCCUUGAUUUGCUCGAGGUUUACUUUGCUCAACCUGAGGCCGCUCUCAAGCAAGAUGAACGUCCGGAAUUGGGGUAUCAGGUUGGAGUUACACUAGAAAACACGGAGAAGCCUAAGUGUGCGGUCGACGAGCCGUGUCUGAACGUUAUCGCACGCCUCGAGCCUGCAGAACGGCCGCUGGACAUCAUGGCCCACAGCCCCGACCCCAAAUGCAGGUUCUUCUGGAAGAUGAGCGAGAAGCCGCCGUAUGAGACUGCUUACCCUGGACUGAAUGCUCCCAACGUCGUCCCACAAGCGGAUAGCAUCCGGGACAGGUGGACCCCAAUCAUGGAGAAGUGGGGUACAUCGAUGAAAAAUGCCGUUGAGGAUGUGGGCGAAUUGGUAUGCAUCGGACUAGGACUGCCCCGGGAGACGUUCAGAGACGCUGGACGCUAUGGCCCGCAUCUCCUCGCGCCCACGGCAUCGGAUCUCGGAAAAUAUGGUCAGAAGGACACCAUACUUGCCGGUUUCCACACGGAUCUCAACUUCCUUACCAUCCACGGUCGCUCCCGCUAUCCCGGUCUCAACAUCUGGGCACGGAAUACUGGGAAGCGUAUCCCCGUCAAGUUUCCACCGACUGGCCGCUACCUGCUCGUGCAGGCGGGCAAGCAGCUGGAACACCUCAGUGGUGGCUUGAUCAAGGCCGGUUAUCACGAGGUGGUGGUAAAUGAAGCCACACUGGAAGCUGUGGAACGACGGAAGACACAAUUCCCGGACCGUCCACCGAUCCGCAUCUCGUCCACAUUUUUCUGGCAUUUGUCAUCGGACUACGACCUGGCUCCCAAUCCAUCGUUGUCAGCUCGUGCAAAGGCUAUCAGAGCGGAUACAAUCAACCUCGGAAAGGUCGAUCUGGAUGAGACCGCCUACGAGCCGAUGAAGGUGGGACAGCAGGUGCAGAAGUCAGUAUUCGAGUCGCGUGUCCGAUACGGCCUGUGCUGACUCUGCAUCCCAGUGAACUGAGGCACAUCGCAUUAC